CUCGCCCACUCAAGAUCCCAGAUUACCCUUCCUAUACCUCCUAUACUCCUUCCAGCACCCUUCAUCGUCGUGUCAUGGCGUCCCCUGUAGAUUGCUCAGCUCUUCCGAAUCCCGAGACGCCUCUUGCAUUCCUCCCGCCGAAUAUCGCGUCGCAACUGGAAGUCUCGCGUUAUAUCUAUGUGGCGAGUCUUGGGGCGUUUAUCUGGGAUAUCCUGUCCAAUGUACCUUCCGACUACAAGCUCCUAUUUAAGCACAGGAUUAGUCUUCCAACUGUCGUUUACUUCUUCUCGAGAAUCACUGCUUUUGCUUAUGUUGUUACGAGCACCGUGUUUCAAAUCGGAAGUGUAGGGGACUGUCAAGCCCUUCAAGUCGCUUUGGCUGUCUGCUUCGUACUUGCAGUCUCCUCAACGUCUCUACUCUUCUUCUUCCGUAUUCGCGCGAUUUUCAACGAUGAGAAACUGGUCGUCGCAUUGUUUGGCUUCUUGUGGCUCUGCGUGUUCGCGGGAUGCAUGACUGUUCCGUUUGCCAUACAAGGAACUCACAUUGGUCCGACCGUGUUCUGCGUCAACAGUAAUGUCAAGCCGUACAGUUCUGCUGGGAUCGUUAUCUCUGCAGUCAAUGAUACGCUCGUAUUGAUUGCGAUCUCUUUACGUAUCCUGUACAAUGCGUCUAUCGAUGAUAACGUCGGUGCACGUGUCAAGGCAUUCUGGAACGGAGGCGCUCUUCCAAACCUCUCGAAGAGUAUCUUGCAGAGUGGACAGCAGUACUAUCUUAUUACGGUCGGUGGAAACAUUCUUACCAUGGUAAUGAUCCUCGCACCGUCCGUGGCCCCUGUAUACAGAGCAAUGUUCACCAUUCCGAACGUGAUGAUCGAAAACUCCAUGGCAUGCAAAGUGUUCCGAGACAUCAAGUUUGGUCUCAUCGAACCAACAGGACAAACGACAUUCCAGCGCUCGACUCUCCGUAGUGGUGGGAUAUCUAAUUCCGGCUACACAGGCUAUUCCACACGAUAUGGCCAGCGCACUGGGCCUAAGGAGACAUACGAUACAGUACUUGUUGGAAGUGAUGUGACGUCUACGACCGUCGAGCCAUACCCUGGCAGACAAAUGCCAAUGGAACUCAACCUCGUUGGCACGGGUAGUCGCCGACCGUCCUCCACGUACGAGCGCAGUGCGACGGACGUGAAGUUCGGUGGUGUUGAUGUGUGAUGGUACGAUUGUUUGUAUAACAGUUGUAGUUCUGUUGUACUUGCUUUGGUGACGACUUUGUGAUUUCUUGCUGAUCUUGUGUUUACGCUCGGAAAACGACUGAUGUAUCGCGUUCAUGUUGCUUGUAUAUAUUGUAUAUAUGUACAGUGGUAAUCCCGAUGGAUUCUUUCAAUAUACUUAUUUGUUGACCCAGC